ACCGCGCAUAAUGACGGUACAACCAAUCAGAAAGCUGUGCAAACUGCAGGUGCGAGGUGCGCGAGGUGCGAGUUUCAAUUCCUUGCAAUAUAAAUCACAUCGCGAUAUAUCACACUACAACUAUCCGCAACAUUGCGCUGUGGUCAUGUCGAUGGUGUUCAGCAACUACGGUAUUGUAUAGACGACGAUAACGACGACAACGACGACGGUUAUAGCUCGUUGUGGUGCUGUUUUUCUUAUCAUCGUCAUGGCUGCGUGGACGUUCCACCGCGGCAUUAACCGGCUUCUCGUCGACGCGCAGAUCCUUCUCAUUGUGCUCGUCGGAUUGUUCGAUCUCUCUUUGUGUCUCUACGAGGAUCAAGUUGGCAAAUUCGAUUGGAAGCAAAAUUACAUCGGCAAAAUCAAAUUUGCCAGCUUUGACACGGUGUCCACGGCAAAGAAGAUCAUCGUCGCCACCGAGGAGAACGUUAUUGCCGCGCUUAAUCUCAAGUCAGGUCAAAUAUUAUGGAGGCGGGUGCUGGAGAAAGGUUAUGGAGGACGCAUCAGAACUUUAGGAGGUGUGGCAGACGGAGAUCUGAUCUCUGUAAGCGGAGGUGUUCCUGCAAUUGUUCGUGCUUGGGAUUUGGCUACUGGACACAUACUCAAUGAGUGGCCAAUAGCUGAACAAAAUACCGAUAGAAUAAAAGAUGUCAAAUGGCACAUAAAAGAUGGAACGGUACAUCACAUAUUACCUAUUUAUAAUAGCGGAAUUGAAGUGACGUCUUACGAUAGUAAAACCGGAGAAAAAUUGAAAUCUCGACGGGUUUCCGCGCCAUUUAUAAGUCAAGAAACAGAGUGUGUUUUGGCAGCUCCGUAUUUAGCGUGUUUAAAAGGGGAUAGUUCUUUGGCCGUGGUGUUCUUGGUACAUCUAUUCGACACUAACGCGCAGCCACAGUCGAUUACGAUAAAUACGAUAUUUGGAGCUGGGGCGCAGGGACCGUUCAAACUGGAGUCCGUGCUCGGGGAAGAGCCUGUGAUUGCCAUUAACGCCGAAUACGAUCAGAGAAAGCGGAUUUUAGUAAUCGGAAAGCUUCCGACUCCGAUACAGAGAGAUAUCGCUGGCGACGCGACACUUUACGUUGUUUCUAUUGACAACGAGAAAGUACUUUUGGAAACAACGUACAAGAAUGGAAAGAUGGAAAUAACGGCUAUGGAUCUCUUGUCGUCCGUACCUCUGGCCGAUCUGUCUGUCAGCCUGACUCACGUUUCCAUACAAUCGCCGACCAUAAUGGCAUCUAUUUGCUCGCGUCAAGCGAAAGGAGUGACAUGUCGUCACUUGUUGUCCUCACAGGAUCACAGCGUCGCGCUGCUACAACACGAUAAGUUGAUGUGGCUGAGAGAAGAGGCGCUCGCCAGCAUCGUGGCCGUUGAGAUUAUAGAGCUACCCAUGUCCGACAGAGAUCAAGCGAUUGAAACGGAAUUCGAUCAGAAAGAGAGUAUUGAUGUAGACAUUUCAUGGGAUGUGCUAAGUAUGUUCCUUCGAAGGAUCACUUCGCAGAUGCACCAGGCCAGAGCAUUCUUUCAAACAAUCCUGGAUUUGGUGCCCCAACAAUUCAGCCAACGUGUCGAUCUUGUGCGGGACAAGUUUGGUUUGCACAAAAUGAUUAUAGCCGUUACAUCCGCUGGAAAGUUGUACGGUAUCGAGACCAGAAAAGGUGAAAUUAUUUGGCAACUCAGGCUGCCCAAUAUUCGUGGUUUUACAAAACUGUCCAACACGAUGAUCCUGUACGUUCAAAGAGGCAGUAGACACUUUCCUCAUCCACCUCAAUGCGCUUUAUUAGCCGAAGACAAAGAAACCGGAGAGGGUGUCGUGUUUAUUUUCAACCCAAUCACCGGUCAACCGUUGGACGGUUUGGUAAAACUCGGCUACAGGAUAAAACAGUCUAUGUUGCUGCAUUUAACGACCGACGAUUUCCUGCGCGGUAUCCUCAUUCUUGACGCAAGGGACAAGGUUCAUGUUUACCCCGACAGCGCCACCGAGGUCGCGGCUUUAUUGGGGAAGAGCACGUAUCUCUUCACCGCUGAUCAGACAACAGGAAUACUAUCCGGCUUCUCUCUUUCGUACAGCACGACUCAGGAACUGAUCGCUCACAAAGUAUGGGAGUUAUUGUUGUCGCCGAAAAAUCAGAAAAUAACGCAAGUCGCAACGAAGAACCCGAUAGAACGUGUCCACUCUCAAGGGAGAGUGUUAAGCGACAGAUCGGUAUUGUACAAGUAUAUUAAUCCCAAUUUAGUGGCUGUAGUAACGGAAGGUAUUGGACUUGCCCAUAAAAAUACGCUUAAUUUGUAUCUUUUGGAUGUAGUGUCCGGAGCUAUAAUUUUUUCUAUUACGCACAAAAGAGUACGUAGUCCGAUUCAUAUUGUACAUUCGGAAAAUUGGUUAGUAUACAGUUAUUUCAACGAGAAGGGACGUAGAACGGAAAUUGCGACGCUGGAACUCUACGAAGGAAAGAAUCAAAGUAACACAACAGUAUUCUCGUCCUUGGCAACGACGAAAUUGCCAAUUGUAGAGAGACAAGCUUUUAUUUUCCCGGCAUCUAUAGAACAUAUGCAAGAAACUAUUACCGAAAAGGGUAUAACAAGCAAGCAUAUAAUAGUUGCUUUAGCCAAUGGCGGGAUAUUAGAGUUGCCGUGGAUGUUAGUCGAUCCACGACGGCCUACCAAUCCCGAAAUGCGAGAGGAAGGAGUGAUACCAUACAUGCCUGAGAUUCCGAUCCAUACGGACGCUAUCAUUAAUUACAAUCAAAGUAUCUCCAGGGUUACAGGUGUUCGUACUAGUCCUAGUGGCCUUGAAAGUACUUGCUUAGUUUUUGUAUACGGUCUUGAUCUGUUUUAUACGAGAGUGGCACCAUCGAAGACGUUCGACGUUCUGAAAGAGGACUUUGAUUAUUUCCUCAUUGUGAUAGUACUUGCGGCGUUGUUGAUCUCUUCGUACGUCACCAAAAAGUUGGCAUCGCAAAAGGCUCAAAAGCAAGCGUGGAAAUGAUGUCACGGUCCGAUGUUUUCUAGAAUCGUGUACUAAUUUAUAAUGAAUCUGUUCACUUUCAUAGACGAGAAUUUUUGUUAAGAGAAUUAAAUUUGUAAAAUACUAUUUUAUAAAUAUCUAAUUUUAAAAUACAAAGUGAACGCUUACACUUUACAUCUUACUUAAACAUCUCUCAGAUUUCACAUCCUAAGGAAACAUAUAAACUAUUAUAUUUGGCCUCUUUAUAUACAUUACGUGUUACGUGCGUGCGCGACAUAGAAUCUUUUUGGAUGUUUUAAGGUGUGUGCUAAAUCAAUGUACGAUAAAAAAUUAGACCGUUUGACAGUGAGUAUACUGAAUUGUUAAUUGUAUAUAAAACUACAGAAAAUAUGUGAGAAAAUAUAUACUACACACGCACACACACGUAAUAUUCAGAAAAACUAUGUGAUAGCGUAUCAAAUAAUUUAAUUUACAAAGUGUACUAAUUGUUCAUGAAGUUUCUUCUCGCAACGUAAUGUAACUUAGAGAAGUACAAUUUGCAUUUUCUUUUGUGUACCUGUAAUCUUCUAGUUUCGUAUUGUAUGUAAGAUAUGUAUGCACUGUUGUACACAUACGCGCGUACAUACCCGUAGUAUUAUUUCAAGAAUAUCUUGUAUACUGUUUUUGCAAAUAGAGUUUUUAAUGAUUGUCGAAA